GAUCUUUUAGCUAUUGUUUAGUAACAAACUAUUGUUUUUUUCUUUUAUCUUAGUCUUCUGACUAUUAUUCAUUCUUCUUGUUUGAACGUUUCUGUGUAAAACAUCCUUCGUCUCCAAGAAAUUCCAAAAUUUUUCGCUCAAAAAUCCAAUCUUUAGGCUUGUUUGAGCGGUUUUGGGGUUUCUUCAAUGGAAACAACGAAUGGGUCUGGGUCGGAUUUAGCUUCUUCGCCUUCGUCUCCGAGCAGUAUUACUGUGUGGCCUCCAUUCCGGUUCUUUCGGUUCCCGGUUUCCACCUUGUUAGAGUACUCUGGGGUUCUCCGGGUUCAGCCCGACAGCUCUGAGAGCAUGGCUCUGGUACCGAAUGCUACUGAGACCUCGGAUGCAGGGACUAGUGGGAGUGGGGAGGUUACGAUUAGGAUAAUUGGAACAGCUGAGCAGGAUCGGGUGGGGAUUGAGGAUGACGUGGCGGGUGGAGGUGAGGCUGGGGUGGAGGAGAGGGGUGUGGGCGGUGAGGAGGCAGCUAGAAUGGCGGUGGAUUCCGGCGCCGGGGAAAGUGACAGUGGGACUAGUAGGGAUUCUUCGUACCAGAGAUAUGAUAUACAGCAGAUUGCUAGGUGGAUUGAGCAAGUUCUCCCAUUUUCAUUGCUCCUCUUGGUGGUUUUUAUCCGCCAGCAUUUGCAAGGUUUUUUUGUUACAAUUUGGGUCACUGCUUUCAUGUUCAAGUCAAAUGACAUUCUUCGGAAGCAAACAGCUCUAAAGGGAGAGAGAAAGAUGUCUGUCCUUAUUGGCUAUUUUCUGGCCUUCAUGCUUCAUGUUAUUGUAAUCUACUGGUGGUAUCGGAAGGAUGAUCUUUUCUUUCCAUUAUUCAUGGUUCCUCCAAAAGCUAUCCCACCCUUCUGGCAUGCAGUGUUCAUCAUCCUGGUAAAUGACACUAUGGUGAGACAGGCAGCAAUGGCUUUGAAGCUGGUGCUGCUAAUGCAUUACAAGAAUGGAAGGGGUCAUAAUUUCCGGAGACAGGGUCAAAUAUUAACUCUGGUUGAGUAUACCCUUUUGCUAUACCGUGCAUUGUUGCCCACUCCAGUCUGGUAUAGAUUCUUUCUGAAUAAAGAUUAUGGAAGCCUUUUUUCAUCACUGACAACAGGGUUGUACUUAACAUUCAAGCUCACUACAAUAGUUGAGAAGGUCCAGUCCUGCUUCACUGCUCUGAAGGCACUAUCAAGGAAAGAACUCCACUAUGGGUCUUAUGCUACAACUGAACAAGUAAAUGCAGCUGGCGAUCUAUGUGCUAUUUGCCAGGAGAAGAUGCAUGCACCCAUUCUAUUGAGCUGUAAACACAUCUUCUGUGAAGAUUGUGUGUCAGAAUGGUUUGAACGAGAAAGAACUUGCCCCCUGUGCAGAGCCUUGGUUAGACCCGCUGAUCUACGAUCCUUUGGUGAUGGAUCCACGAGCCUUUUCUUCCAAUUAUUCUGAAUAUAUAUCCUGUACAAAGAAAUUUCUCUCCCCACCUCUCCAACCUUGUCAAUCCCGUGGGGUUAUAACAGGUCUGAUACUAGGUUGCCCUUACUAUUUCUACAAAGGAAGCUACCUCGUAAACCAUACACCGCCAUGGAAGACUCUAAUGGAAAAGAAGCUUCAGAUCUCAGUGCAAUACAUCUACUGAUUUUCUAUUUUUUAUUUUUGGAUAAUGUGAAAUUAUUGUCUAACUCUCCAAAAUUAUUUUCAAUGGCACAGAACAGCUGUAUAGAUGCACAAAGCCUAAAAAGUGACUUCUCAUACUACUAACAGGUUCAGUUAUGGUGCUACAUAAUUAAGAUGUAUACAUACACUUUCUUGUUAACUCCUAUAACAGCUUAUUGUUCCUUUUAUCUCUCCA